GCUAGUCCCAGGCAUUGUGGUGUGGAUUCUUCUCCUCCCGGCGUGCCCUGCGGCACGGGGGCCGGACCCGGAAGUUCCGGGCAGAGUUCCAGGUGCCAACGCGUCCUGUAAGAUACGCGUGAACACUGGGGUCAUGGCAGCACCUGGCCCAGCUCUCUGCCUCUUCGACGUGGACGGGACCCUGACGGCCCCGCGGCAGAAAAUUACCAAAGACAUGGAUUGCUUUCUACAAAAACUGAGGCAGAAGAUCAAAAUCGGAGUCGUAGGCGGGUCGGACUUUGAGAAAGUACAGGAGCAACUGGGAAACGAUGGUAAACGUUUUGUGGUUGAAAAAUAUGAUUAUGUGUUUCCAGAAAAUGGCUUGGUAGCGUACAAAGAUGGGAAACUCUUGUGUAAACAGAAUAUUCAAGGUCACCUGGGUGAGGCCCUAAUCCAGGAUUUAAUCAACUACUGUCUGAGCUACAUCGCGAAAAUUAAACUCCCUAGGAAGAGGGGUACUUUCAUCGAAUUCCGCAAUGGGAUGUUGAACGUGUCCCCCAUCGGAAGGAGCUGUAGCCAAGAAGAACGCAUUGAGUUCCACGAACUCGAUCAAAAAGAAAAUAUAAGACAAAAAUUCGUGGAGGAUCUGCGGAAGGAGUUUGCAGGGAGAGGCCUCACGUUUUCCAUAGGAGGCCAGAUCAGCUUUGAUGUCUUCCCUGAUGGAUGGGACAAGAGGUAUUGCCUGGGACACGUGGAAAAGGAUGGCUAUGAGACCAUUUAUUUCUUUGGCGACAAAACCAUGCCAGGCGGGAACGACCACGAGAUCUUCACAGACCCGAGGACGGUGGGCUACACGGUGACGGCGCCCGAGGACACGCGCAGGAUCUGCGAGGAGCUCUUCUGCUGACCCUCCCUCUCCCUGUGGGAGGCGUCCCCCCCACGCCCGCCCUCGGCCCACCCAGCAGUCAUCACUACGGUCCUCACUCAGCAGGGAAAUGGCCCUCUGCCUCCAGGGCCAGGAGCAGCCAGACGGGAGAAGAGGCUUGUGAAGAAGGGUUCAAAGGGCUGCCCCCAGCAAAGGAUUUCGUCCCCACCCUGAGUCUCCGGACCCCUCCCCGCCCCCACCCCGAUAUGUGCAGUCACAGUACACCUGAGGGGUUUUUUUGUUCUUAAACUUCCCCAUCAUUCUAGAAUGACACAGGAAGAAAGAGUGUGCCCGGACCCUCCCUCUUCAUGCGUGGACAGUUUAACAGAUGUUCACGUCGGGACCCCCUGCAUCAGUACCCGAAGGGGGGCUUCUGGUGAUGAGAAAGGACAGGAUGUUUACAAUGAUCCGACCCCAGGACAGAUGGUUAAAAACACUUCCAGAGAUGAAGCUCCCCCGCGAGGGUCAGCGCUGGCCAAGUGACCGCUGACCCCAGGGACUUUGCACCUCGCUGGCCCAGGAGGUGGGAUAGCUCUGUAUCCACUGCACUUUGAAGAGCCCGCUGGUUCCCUAGCCUUUGGCACAGGGCCAAAGGGAACCAACAAGCCUGCUGAGAACUGGCACACGGCCCUCCCCAGACGCGGCUCAGCCCAGGCCCAGAGACUAGCUGGGGGCGUCACACUUCACCCAAAGAACCUCGUCCUGCUGUCCCCAGGGCCUAUUGGCCCUAGUUCCUCAGGGAUCAGGGAAGAGUCUGAACUACUAACAAACAGAUCAGGAGCUGCACUGCUUCUCUGCCGAUCUUUGAGUAAUUAGGGCAUCCACCCAGGCCCUCCCUUGCUGGCUUUGACCUUAGGGCUGGGAGGCCUGCAACCCUCACUCCUCCCUCCCGCCUUCUGCUAGUUCCUGGUGCACCUAACUGGAAGGCAGCUCGGGUCCUCGUCCAGAACACAGACCACAGAAGAGAGCUUUCCAAAAAACGGUUCACGUGUCACUUUUCAGCAUCUGUAAAUGCCGGGACUCACAAUCCCUCCAGAUUGGUGCCUGGGCAGCGUCAGUCCAGGCGUGGCCUCUGCUGGGGCCUUGCAGAGCUGAACCUGAUUUGGGGGGGGGGGGGGGGGGUGCUCGGAACAGCCCACCUCGCGGCCCCCACCAGGUGCCUUCAGCACAGAUGAGCCCGGUUCCCCUCUGAGCCUCCCCCACCCCAGCCCAGCUGGUCUCAGGUCAGGGUUGGGUCAGGUGCACACAAGAAGCAGUGCCAGGCUGGGAGGUCCGCCCCUCACCCACCCCGGGCCACACACUGGGGCAAUGGCUCUCACUAGUUCCCAGGACUCUGCCAUCCUGUGGCAUCUUUCCUAGCUGAAUUUUACAAAUGAUACUGUAAUGAUUUUUCAAAAUGAAAAGUUGCAAAUUAAAGUGAUUUUAUUGU